UCUCAAAAUCUCAACACAUCGACAACAAAGGUCAAAACUCAAAAUCCUUAAAUCUCUCUAAAAGCCUACUUGUCUCUCUCUCUCUAACUCCCUCUUCAAUGGCGGCCAAGAAGAACACCACGAGAGGGCUUGGACUACUCUUAAGCCACCCAUUUCUCAUUCUGUGUCUGAGAAUCAGUCACUUCCUUUGACAUUUUUUUUAGCCUUGCAAAACCCAAAAUUUUCUCUCUAGAAUAUAUAACACCACAAAACAAAAACAAGACCUCCCUCCACUAAUCUCUCUCUCUUUCGGUCUUGGUUUCUGUGUUCCAUUCUACUUUUGUUGAAAACCCAUCACUUUUCUCUAUCAUUCCAAGAAAGAAAACACAAAAAGGAAGCAUCUUGGAGUUUCAAAGGCUUUCACUUUGAGAUCUGUAUUUUUUCUUGGGUGUGUGUUCUUGCUUUGGUUAGCUAAGAAAGAUUAUUGAAGUAAAAAUGGGAAGUAAAUGGAGAAAAGCAAAGCUGGCUUUGGGUUUAAAUCUUUGUGUUUAUGUACCUAGAACUCUAGAUGACUCAGCAGCACCUUCAAGUGAAAGAUUAUCUGAUGCUGCUUUGCUUUCACCAAAAAAUUGGGAUUCUAGACCAAUGACACCGACACCAUCUUCGCAUGGGUUACGGUUGGCCAAGAGUGGAAGCAAAUCAUCCAAGCAAACCUGCUCGAUAUGCCUGGCCAAGAUGAAACAAGGUGAUGGACAUGCGAUUUUUACUGCAGAGUGCUCACAUUCCUUCCAUUUCCACUGCAUUUCUUCAAAUGUGAAACAUGGCAACCAACUUUGUCCAGUUUGCAGAGCGAAAUGGAAAGAAAUCCCCUUUCAGGCACCAACUUUGGAUCCACUGCCUGGGAGAGCAUCAGCGGGUUGGCCUCAAACUGAUGCUUUGAUGACUAUGGUCCACCGAUUACCUCCCCCGCCACGUCGAGAUCUUAAUCGGCGACAUGUGUCAUUGCUGCAGGCUCCUGAACCUAGUGUUUUCGAUGAUGAUGAAUCCUUAGAUCUCCAACCUGCAUCCUCUGAGAGAAGCUCCGGCAAUAAAAAUGAUGCAGGCCACAAUCCUGCUAAAACAGUUGAGAUCAAAACGUACCCAGAAGUGUCAGCUGCAUCAUGUUCUAAUUCUUACGAUAACUUCACUGUCUUGGUCCAUAUCAAAGCUGCUGCAACAGUUGGAAGAUUAAACCCCAGAGGAAACCAGGCUAGCUUGCCUCAACUAUCUCAAACUCCACGUGCUCCGGUUGAUUUAGUCACAGUGCUUGACAUCAGUGGUAGCAUGGCAGGUACAAAGCUGGCAUUGCUAAAACGAGCAAUGGGGUUUGUUAUUCAGAACCUUGGUUCCAAUGACAGGCUCUCGGUUAUUGCCUUUUCUUCUACUGCUCGCCGCCUCUUUCCCCUUCGUAGAAUGUCUGACACAGGUCGGCAGCAUGCACUUCAAGCAGUCAACGCUUUGGUUGCGAAUGGUGGGACCAACAUUGCUGAAGGUCUGAGAAAGGGAGCCAAGGUAAUGGAAGACCGAAGGGAAAAGAAUCCUGUGGCAAGUAUUAUACUGCUAUCUGAUGGGCAGGAUACUUAUACUGUCAGUGGUAAUGGUGGUAACCAACCUCAACCAAACUACCAGCUGCUCCUCCCUGUGUCGAUUCAUGGUGGUGACAAUGCUGGAUUCCAGAUUCCGGUGCAUGCUUUUGGCUUUGGCGCUGACCAUGAUGCUUCAUCAAUGCAUUCCAUUUCUGAAAUUUCUGGAGGCACCUUCUCUUUUAUUGAGACUGAAGCUGUUAUCCAGGAUGCAUUUGCACAGUGCAUUGGGGGUCUUCUAAGUGUCGUUGUGCAGGAGUUGCAAGUGGGAGUUGAGUGUAUGCACCCUAGUGUCCACCUUGGCUCAUUGAAAGCAGGAAGUUACCCUAGUCGUGUGAUGGUUGAUGCCCGCUCUGGGUUUAUAGAUGUUGGAGAUUUAUAUGCUGAUGAAGAGAGAGAUUUCCUGGUUUCGGUCAAUGUUCCAGCAGAGCCUUCCAGGAAUCAAACAUCACUGCUAAAGGUGAGAUGUGCAUACAGGGAUCCUUUAACUAAAGAAAUGGCAACAUUAGAAAGUGAAGAAAUUAAACUUGAAAGACCUGAAAUAUCUGGAGAAGCAAUAGUGUCAAUUGAAGUGGAUAGGCAACGCAACAGGUUCCAAGCAGCUGAAGCAAUGUCACGGGCAAGAACCACAGCUGAACGAGGAGAUCUAGCUGGUGCAGCUUCUAUCCUUGAAAACUGUCGAAUGUUAUUGUCAGAAACUGUGUCAGCUAAGUUCCAUGAUCGAUUAUGUAUUGGACUAGAUGCUGAGCUCAAGGAGAUGCAAGAAAGGAUGGCAAGCAGACAUGUAUACGAGGCAUCUGGGAGAGCGUAUAUUCUAUCAGGCCUCAGCUCGCACUCAUGGCAAAGAGCAACUGUGAGAGGAGACUCCACUGAUGGUUCAAGUCUUGUUCAAUCUUAUCAAACCCCAUCAAUGACGGAGAUGCUCGCUCGAUCUCAGGCUACAUUCCUGGGCAGUCCAUCAACUCAGAGGCUUGUUCAACCAUCAUGGUCAUUUGGAUCACAACCAAAGCCAAGGUGAUUUUAGGACCAUCGCGGGCAUUGUCUUCAAGUAGCCUUUUUCAGUGCCUUCCCUUUUUGUUUUCACAUAUUAUUUGGGGUUAAGGGGAUAAAAUUGGAGAGAUAAGAAGAGUUUUUUGUACUGUGAUUUUGCUGAUGUCACGUGUAAAUGAAUAAAAACUGGGGAAAAGUGUGGGGGGAUAUAUUUGAGAGGAAAGAGAAAAGGAACACUAGGUAGGUUUUACAACUUUUGCUCUCUUAUUUGUGUUGAUGGGGGUGAUGUACAUAAGGAGCAACGGUACUUUCUCUGGGAUAACUGGGUAUAAGUUUGUAAUUGUGGAGAUGGUUGGGGUGAAGUUUUCGCCUAAUAUAGUUUACCUGCUCUCAAUUCUUUUCAGAGAGUGUUAA